AUGACCGGCCGUGCUCCAGAUACCUUCUCAACCAUCCCCGUCCUCGACUACUCCCUCCUCGCCACCCCCGACGGCCAUCGCGAGUUCGUGGCGGAGCUCCGUCAUGCCCUCGUCCACGUUGGCUUCCUGUACCUCGCCAACCCUCCGGUGGACCCCGAUGUCGUCGCUGCGCUCAUAGACUACACCCCGCGCCUCUUCGAUCUCCCCCAGGAGGAGAAGGAACGCAUCCUGAUGGCGAACUCGCCCCACUUCUUUGGCUACUCGCGUUUCGGCGCAGAGUUCACCAAGGGCAAGACUGACCAGCGCGAGCAGUUCGACUUUGGCACACCUUAUCAGAGCCGGUGGCAGCCUGGGAUGCCAGAGUUCGUCAAGCUCUGGGGCCCUUCUCAGUGGCCUCAGGAGGACCUUCUUCCUGGCUUCAGGGCCAUCUACCUCCGCUACCUGGAGCAGGUCGAACAGCUCAGCUACAGAUUCAUAUCCUUGCUGGCCGAGGCAUUCGAGGUCCCCGAUGAGCGCCUCGGACCCUUCUUCUCAGGAGGCACCGCCCCGAACCCAGCUGGCAUCUUGCAGCAUCGGUCAAAGAUCGUCAAGUACCCUGCUCGCAAGGAAGGCGACUCUGACCAAGGUGUCGGGCCCCACUUCGACGGCGGUUUCUUGACUUUCCUGCUCCAAGCGUCCGACCAUCCCGGUCUACAAGUGCAGAACCUAGCCGGCGAAUGGAUCGAUGCGCCGCCCAUCCCUGGCACGUUCGUCGUGAACUUGGGCAAAGCACUGGAGUCGGUGACGCAAGGGCUCGCCCGAGCCACGUCCCAUCGCGUGUUGUCCCCUGCUCCCGGGUCGACGCCCCGAUAUUCGAUUCCGUUCUUCCAAAGCAUAUCUCAAGAUAUACAAAUCAGCGAUUUCGUGCUCGAUUUCAGACCCGAGAUUCUGAAGCUCAAAGACAGCCGCGCACAAUCGGGAGCGGUAGACUCCGUGAACUAUUCCGAGUAUGGCCAGUAUCCUUCCGGGCAGGUCAACUUGAUCGGUCGCGUCAAGAGCCACCCUGACGUCGCUCAGAGGCAUUAUCCUGACAUGUUCAAGCAGUUCUUCCCCAAAGGGCUUCCUUCACAAGGCAGUGCAUAUUGA